AACAAAAUAAUAAAAUGGUAAUGGAGAAAUUGGGAAUUAGGGUUAACGAUACCGAUUGGGAUGUCUCAGAAAUUCUCCUUCCUCGCUCGUGGUUGAAGACGGCGGCUUCCCUUUUGCUUCUCCGUCGAGCUCUCUUCGAUCAACCUCGAUUCUCCUCUCUUGCUCUCCGACGUCUCCUCUUACGAACGCCGCCGCACCGGUGAGUGCCUCCUAGAAGCGGUGUCUCCGAAAACUCAACCGAUGUCACCUCAGCCACCCUCCGUCUUCGACUCGUCUUCUCCUUCUAUUACUCAGUCGCGCAAAUUCGAUGAUGUCUAGAAGCCAUUAGCAACGGAAUCAGAAAUCCACCUUGGCGCGUCUCAGGACUGGUAUAUCGUUACACUUGCUUUACUUGCUGACCCGAUGUGAUCUGUGGAAUGAGGAGGUUUUUGGAUGAAUGCUAUGAUGGUGAUGGGUUAUCUUUGGAACGGAUGAUUGGUUAUUGAAAUGAGGUUCGACUGCAGGUCCGGACACAAGCUCAAGAUGCUAUGUUUUUGGAUUGAAAUUAGGUGCAAUGUAAGUGACUGCAUGCAUACUUUGUCUGCCAAUGUGAACGGGGUCCCUUGUAACUUGCAGUAGCUUUCUCUCAUUUUCUUCGUGCUUUUCGUCUUGGAUUAAGUUGAAAGGGUGUGGCUGCAGGUUUUUUGAAUUGGUAUGGUGUUGUUAGAAAGUCAGUUAUGAAUGUUAGUAAAAAGAAAUGGUUAUACUGUUAGGAUGUUAGGAAAAUAGAAGGAAGGUUAUAGGUUGUGGAUUGGUAUAUAGUCUGUCGGAGUUAGUUUAGAUAGGAACUUUGAUAGCAUUAAGGGUAGUGUAAGGGGUGAUUCACUUGAGAGUGCAAAAACUAGUGUGAGUCGUCCAAGUGAUAGCAGUGGCCUCAGUGAUGACAGUAACUGGAGCAACCUUACCGGUAGUGCCAAUAAGCCUCACAAAGGAAAUGAUCCAAGGUGGAAUGCUAUUCUUGCUGUUCGAUUACGGGAUGGAAUUUUGGGCAUGAGUCAUUUUCGAUUACUCAAACGACUUGGAUGUGGUGACAUUGGGAGUGUAUAUCUCUCAGAGCUGAGUGGAACUAGGUGUUAUUUUGCAAUGAAAGUUAUGGAUAAGGCAUCCUUAGCAAGCAGAAAGAAGCUAACUAGAGCACAGACAGAGAGGGAGAUAUUGCAGUUGCUAGACCAUCCAUUUCUUCCAACUUUGUAUACACAUUUUGAGACUGACCGUUUCUCCUGUUUGGUAAUGGAAUAUUGUCCUGGUGGUGACCUGCACACUCUAAGGCAGCGGCAACCUGGGAAACAUUUCUCUGAAUAUGCUGCGCGCUUUUAUGCUGCUGAGGUACUGCUUGCUCUUGAAUAUCUUCACAUGCUUGGAGUUGUGUACAGAGACCUUAAACCUGAAAAUGUGUUGGUCCGUGACGAUGGUCACAUAAUGCUCUCAGAUUUUGAUCUUUCCCUCAGAUGUACUGUUUUGCCAACACUUAUUAGAGCUUUUGACGGUGACCCUUCAAAACGGGCUGGUGGUGCAUUCUGUGUUCAACCUGCUUGUAUUGAGCCUUCGUCAGUAUGCAUACAGCCUGCGUGUUUUAUUCCUCGUCUCUUUCCUCAGAAAAACAAGAAAUCAAGAAAGCCAAGAGCUGAACCCGGGUUUCCUUCCAGCAGACUUCCCGAGCUUGUAGCUGAGCCUACUGCUGCUCGAUCUAUGUCCUUUGUCGGUACCCACGAAUAUCUUGCUCCUGAAAUUAUCAAAGGGGAAGGUCAUGGAAGUGCAGUUGAUUGGUGGACAUUUGGAAUAUUCUUGCACGAAUUAUUAUAUGGCAAAACCCCUUUCAAAGGGUCAGGAAACCGUGCUACGCUUUUCAAUGUAGUAGGUCAGCAGCUCAAAUUUCCCGAGUCUCCCGCAACCAGUUAUGCUAGCAGGGAUCUGAUCCGCGGCUUGCUGGUGAAGGAGCCACAGCAUCGUCUCGGAGUUAAAAGAGGUGCAACUGAGAUCAAGCAGCAUCCUUUCUUUGAAGGCGUGAACUGGGCGUUGAUUAGGUGCAGCACACCACCAGAAGUACCAAGACCAGUGGAAAACGAACCGCCACCGCCACCACCAAUGAAGGUUGGACCAGCAAUUGAUGCUGUUGGGUUUGGCAGUACUAGUAAGAGGAUGUCAGGUAACAAUGAAAUGAAGCCUGGGGGUAAAUAUCUGGAUUUUGAGUUCUUUUAAUUUGGGUUCCACAAUCUGCUUUUUAUUGUAUUUUCCAUAAUCAGUUAUUUUUGCAGCAGCUGCUCAGUAUUACCAUGUUAGUUCAGCUUACCUGCUUUGUAGUGAAAUUCCAUUUCAUUUGGAAAUAUUCAAAUAUGAUAUGAUAUCUCAAGUUUAGAUUAGGUUGAA